AUGAAUUGUGUGAGAGCUGCUGUCUCUGUCCCCAAACAGGAGAGAGACAGUGGGACCCUGCUGCAGAACCACCGCAGAGGUGUGCAGUCCAAUGGAUGGUCUGUUCAUGUCCCAUCUGAUGCUACGGGUGAACUUGGGAAGAUGGUAAUUCUGCCCUGUACUUUCACACACCCCUACAAAACAUUUGACCGGAGUCUCACUGCCAUUUGGAGGAUCAAGGAACCUUACAAUGGCACAAUAGUCUUCAAGUGUGUGAGUCAGAGCGCCAGUGAGCUCUGUAAGACUGCCAUCAGCUACAAGAACAAAUACAAACUGCUUGGCAACCCCUGGCACAAGGACCUUUCCAUCAGGAUUGACAAUCUGACCUGGACCGACAGUGACAGAUACUUCUGUCGGGUGGAGCUGGAUGGAGAUAUCCAUGACAAGUAUGAAACUGCCCCCAGGAUCAUUAACAUCACUGUCAACUCCAAUGGGGAUCACACCUUCCAGGCCCGCUGCACAGCCGAAGGGGAGCCAGUGCCCACUGUCACCUGGACCGGACCCUCCCACAGCAACCUCACCUCCACCACCAGCACGAAUCAUCGUGUCACCAAGGAGCUCCAAUACCUGACCCAUGAUGGAAAAUACACCUGUACUGCUAUCAACAGCCAUGGGAGAGCAGAGGGGGCAGUGUAUUUCUAUAAAUUCAAAGCAUCCGACAGCUCAUUCUUCCUGAUCCUGAUUUUUGUGUUGCUGGGGAUGAAGGUGCUCAUUUUGCUGGUGAUACUGAGUUUCACCGUUUUCUCUAGAGGAG